AUGGAAUCUUCAUGUUGUACUAAACGGAUAUCUUUCAAUUUAGUUCAAAGUAUUUGCACCUUUUCGGAGCCGCUGCCUCGCUGGGUUCUUCCCUCCACUCAGUCUACAGAGUACAGCCUGAAGGGACACCUUAGUUAUCAACCAGCCAGCCCGUCCCUGUACUUGCCACAAGGUAUUCACGUAUUAAACAAAGGACUGCAUCAAUUUGCAGUUGUAAGCUGCCGUGCUUCUAUUUCCAAAGGCACUCGUUUUGGUCCUUAUCGCGGCAGGGUGGUUCAACCCUCACAAGUUAAAGAAGGUGAAGAUAAUGCGUACUUGUGGGAGGUAAGAAAAAUACAAAUACAAAUGGCAAAAUGCUGUCAGUGAUUGCGUUUGUAAGAAUACGUUUGGCCAGAUUUCGAGAAACUACCCGGACAAACUUAAGCGACGAGCAGUUUUUUUUCACUACUUACCAGAAUUCAUCGCCAGCCUCGCUACCUAGAACUUCAGAACAUUCGUUUUUAUUUAAAUCUACGAUAGACAGUUUCAUAAACAACAAUUAAAUAUUUCUCGAUCAGGAAAAUAAAAUUUUUUCACGCCAUACAUAAUACUGAGAGUGUUGGCAGCUCUGUUUUGUUUAUCUUUUAGUAUGGUGACUCAUUUGAACCAUUCGAGCAUGAAAUAUGAAUGGUUCACUUAACCACGUCCGCUUAGGAAAAAGUCCAUCCCUUGUCUAUGCAGGGGGGUCGCUUGUUUCACCAACUGUUGGGUUUUUGAAUAGCUAUGUAGCUGUUACAGGAGAUAAAUACAGGAAAAAAUGAGGAGAAUGUAGAAAAACUGCAUCGUGAAAAAAAAAGAAAGAAAAUUGCCUAUACUAGAUAUUUGUAAUUGCAAUAUGUCAGUGAUAAGAUCAAAAGAAAAAUUACUUUAUUACCAUAGAUUUAAAUGUAUAUCGUUUAGAUGUACACCACUUUUAAAUGAAAAAAGGGCUUUUUUCGUUUGGUCUAGGAACUUUCUGUCUUUUAUUCUUUUUUAAUAUUAUUAAUAUUAUUCUUUUUUGAUAUGAUAAAGGUAUGCAAAGAAGAUGGCAGCCUUGCAUAUUACAUUGAUGGACUCUCAGAAACAGAAAACUGGAUGAAGUUUAUCAAUUGUGCUCGCAAUAACGAAGAACAAAACCUUGUGUUAAUUCAAGAUGGCGAGCAGCUGUUUUACGAAUCAUGCCGUGAGAUCUUAUAUGGAGAAGAAAUGUUAGUUUGGUACGGAAACCGCUAUCACAUGUUCAUGGGAAUUCCGACUGGAAUGAAGGCGUCACCAUGCAAGGAAAGGAAUAACGAAACCGGACAGGGUAGGAUGUCAAUCUUUAGGCUUAUAGGUUUACAUUAAUAACACUUGCAUCUCUUAUUUAGAACGAUGUUGACAGUUAAAACCUGUCAUUACUUCUUUCCUAAAAUUGACAAUCCUUUCGCAAGAAAAAACAUCAAAGUAUCGGAGCAGUUGCUUGCAAAUGAUAUCUGUGAUCCAUAGUUACGGCAAAGCAAAUACAAAAACUGGAUGAUUACAAGACAGAAAACAUUUUAAAUAAAAACUUAAGGUUACUCUCAACAAAAUCUGGUCAAAUUUUUCAAAAUUUGUCCUUUUGUUCUUUAGUCAGAGAAAGUAAUUAAAUUUAAUUUGCCGGGAAAAAAAUUGUAAAAUCUUAGAAAGAAUGCGAGAUACGGCUGAAAGAAUAUUUUAGGGGAACCAGUACCGAAGAGCGAAAGGUGUCAUAAUCAGAAAAGGCCUCCAGCAGAGUGGAAACUAAACUAAAACAAAUAUUCAUUCCUAAACAGUGUGGUAGCGAUAACCAAGCAAAGCUUUAGAAAUUUAUAUUUUGCUCGAAUCUUUGCAGGUGCGUUUGGGAGUUUCUCAUGUGAACGUUGUGGUAAAGUGUUCGCCUACAAAUAUUACCGUGACCGCCACCUUAAAUACACCCGAUGCGUUGAUCAAGGCGAUCGUAAAUUCCCGUGUACUGUCUGUAAUCGAUCAUUUGACAAACGGGAUCGGCUUCGUAUCCACGUUCUCCAUGUUCACGAAAAGCACCGUCCCCACCAGUGCACAGUGUGUGGAAAACGCUUCUCUCAGUCAUCCAGCCUCAAUAAACACAUGCGGGUUCACAGCGGAGAAAGACCCUACAAGUGUCCACAUUGUGUCAAAGCGUUUACCGCUUCCUCCAUUCUCCGGACACACAUUCGUCAACACAGCGGAGAAAAGCCGUUCAAGUGCAGGCAUUGUGGACGUGCAUUUGCGUCACAUGCAGCACAUGACAGCCAUGUGCGCCGCACCCACACGAAGGAAAAGCCUUGUGUUUGUGAAUAUUGCGGCAAGGCCUUUGCGCAAUCUUACGAACUUAAGUUUCAUAUCAACAUGCACACAGGAGCCAAGCCCUACACCUGUGAGAAGUGUGGCAGAGCAUUUUCAAGUCCUUCAUCACGUGACCGACACCGUGCUAAUUUUGACUGCAUCACAAGAAAGAAUCGAGCACCAAAAGUCAUGCGGAAGAACAUCUUAAGUGUUUAA